CAGCAGGUUUCUCAAUUUGACCGAUUUCACGUCUUUCUUCAAAAUCAAUUCAACGACCAAAAAAAAAAAAAGAAAAUAUCACACACAUCACGUCAUUAAAUUAUUACAUAGUAUUUUUCCUUACUAUUAGGGAAAAAAUUUUUAUUACCGGGAAAUUGUCAUCCUUUAAACGAGGGACUAUUUUGCAAUCUAUGAAUAAAUUGUGUGGUGGGGGACGAAUAAUGGCGUCCAUGAUGGGUGUCAGCGGCAAGCAGUGACGGUAUUUGCCUUGCGUCAGUCGGUUUUUGUAUGCGGAUGAUUGAAUCGAGAUUCUCGGGGUGAAAGGUGUACGAAAAAAAAAAAUUGGUGUUGUUACAAUUAAAUAAUCGCCAUUUAGGCUGCGAGAAGAUCCUGCCAAAUUUUAUUGGCUUUAGGAUUCCGGUAAUCUUGCAAAAGAAUCAUAAAAAAUGACGCAGCUACUGCCCAUAAGGUUUCAGGAACAUCUCCAGCUGACUGCUGUUGGGAUAAAUGCAAAUAAUGUCAGCUUCAAUACUGUCACCAUGGAAUCUGAUAAAUUCAUCUGUGUGCGAGAAAAAGUGGGCGAUACAGCACAAGUAGUAAUCAUUGAUAUGAAUGAUACGGCCAACCCCAUUAGAAAGCCGAUCUCUGCAGAUUCGGCCAUCAUGAAUCCAGCUAGCAAAGUCAUCGCUCUCAAAGCUCAAAAAACCCUGCAGAUAUUCAAUAUUGAAAUGAAGUCAAAAAUGAAAGCACACACAAUGCCGGAGGACGUUGUCUUUUGGAAGUGGAUUUCAUUAAAUACAUUGGCAUUAGUAACGGAAACAGCUGUCUUUCAUUGGUCCAUGGAAGGUGAUUCGACGCCAAAUAAAGUAUUUGAACGUCAUUCAUCAUUAAAUGGAUGUCAAAUUAUCAAUUAUCGAACAGACGCUAAACAAACGUGGCUUCUUUUAAUUGGAAUAUCAGCGCAACAUAGUCGUGUUGUUGGUGCAAUGCAACUUUAUUCAGUUGAACGUAAAUGUUCACAACCAAUUGAAGGUCAUGCAGCAUCAUUUGCACAAUUUAAAAUGGAAGGAAAUCCAGAGCCAAGUAAUUUAUUUUGCUUUGCUGUGAGAACAGUGCAAGGGGCUAAAUUGCAUAUUAUUGAAGUUGGUCAACCACCAACUGGUAAUCAUCCAUUUCCAAAGAAAGCUGUUGAAGUUUUCUUUCCAUCGGAAGCUGGUAAUGAUUUUCCCGUUGCAAUGCAAGUUAGCUCUAAAUAUGAUGUGAUUUAUUUGAUAACAAAAUAUGGCUAUAUUCACAUGUAUGAUAUUGAAUCGGCUACAUGUAUAUUUAUGAAUCGAAUUUCGGGUGAAACAAUAUUUGUCACUGCACCACAUGAGGCGUCAGGUGGUAUUAUUGGCGUUAAUCGAAAGGGACAAGUGCUAUCAGUUUCUGUUGAGGAAGAAAAUAUCAUUCCUUAUAUUAAUGGAGUAUUGCAAAAUCCUGAAUUGGCAUUGAGAAUGGCAGUGAGAAAUAAUUUGUCAGGCGCUGAGGAUCUCUUUGUGAGGAAAUUUAAUAUGCUCUUUCAAAAUGGUCAAUAUGCCGAGGCAGCUAAAGUCGCUGCUAACGCUCCCAAGGGAAUACUCAGAACUCCAACAACUAUACAACGAUUUCAACAGGUACCAACGACACAAGGUCAAACUUCGCCACUACUACAAUAUUUUGGCAUUCUUUUGGAUCAAGGCCAAUUAAAUAAAUAUGAAUCACUUGAGCUGUGCCGUCCGGUAUUGUUGCAGGGUAGAAAGCAACUUUUGGAAAAAUGGCUAAAGGAAGAUAAACUUGAGUGUAGCGAGGAAUUGGGUGAUUUAGUAAAGCAAGCGGAUCCAACACUUGCGCUCAGUGUUUAUUUACGUGCAAAUGUACCGAAUAAAGUGAUUCAAUGUUUCGCUGAAACGGGACAAUUUCAAAAAAUUGUUCUCUACGCAAAGAAAGUUUCAUAUACACCGGACUAUAUAUUUUUAUUAAGAAACGUUAUGAGAAUUAAUCCCGAUCAGGGAGUAGCUUUCGCCCAAAUGUUAGUGCAAGAUGAUGAACCAUUAGCUGAUAUUAAUCAGAUUGUAGACAUAUUUAUGGAGCAAAAUAUGGUGCAACAAUGUACGGCCUUUUUGUUGGACGCCUUGAAAAAUAAUCGUCCAAGCGAGGGUGCAUUACAAACGCGUCUCCUCGAGAUGAAUUUAAUGUCAGCGCCACAAGUGGCUGAUGCAAUUUUAGGAAAUCAAAUGUUUACUCAUUAUGAUCGUGCUCAUGUUGCACAAUUGUGUGAAAAAGCUGGAUUAUUGCAAAGAGCACUUGAACAUUAUACCGAUUUAUAUGAUAUUAAACGUGCUGUUGUUCAUACACAUUUAUUAUCGCCCGAUUGGCUCGUUGGAUUUUUUGGUACACUCUCAGUUGAGGAUUCACUUGAAUGUUUAAAAGCAAUGCUCACUGCAAAUAUUCGACAAAAUUUACAAAUUUGCGUUCAAAUUGCCACAAAAUAUCACGAGCAACUAACAACGAAAGCGCUUAUCGAUCUUUUUGAGAGCUUUAAAUCGUACGAGGGACUAUUCUAUUUUCUUGGUUCUAUUGUGAAUUUCAGUCAAGAUCAGGAAGUGCACUUUAAAUAUAUUCAAGCUGCGUGUAAAACUGGACAAAUCAAAGAAGUUGAACGUAUUUGUCGUGAGAGUAAUUGUUAUAAUGCUGAGAGAGUAAAAAAUUUCCUCAAGGAAGCUAAACUCUCUGAUCAGUUACCGUUGAUUAUCGUGUGUGAUCGUUUUGAUUUUGUGCACGAUCUUGUGUUAUAUUUGUACAGAAAUAAUUUACAAAAAUAUAUUGAAAUUUAUGUGCAAAAGGUGAAUCCUUCGCGAUUGCCAGUCGUUAUCGGUGGUUUGUUAGAUGUUGAUUGUUCGGAGGACAUAAUAAAAAAUUUGAUUUUAGUUGUUCGUGGACAAUUUUCCACAGAUGAACUUGUGGAAGAGGUGGAAAAACGUAAUCGAUUGAAAUUAUUGCUACCGUGGCUUGAAUCGCGCGUUCAUGAAGGAUGUGUUGAGCCAGCUACUCAUAAUGCUUUAGCCAAAAUCUAUAUUGAUAGCAAUAAUAAUCCAGAAAGAUUUCUUAAAGAGAAUCAAUUUUACGACAGUAGAGUAGUGGGUAAAUAUUGUGAGAAACGCGAUCCACAUUUGGCUUGCAUUGCUUAUGAACGUGGACAAUGUGAUCGAGAAUUAAUAAGUGUUUGCAAUGAGAAUAGUCUUUUUAAGAGUGAGGCAAGGUAUCUCGUUAGACGAAGAGAUCCGGAUCUUUGGGCUGAAGUUUUGCUUGAGAGCAAUCCCUACAAGCGACCAUUGAUCGAUCAGGUGGUACAAACAGCUCUGUCAGAGACACAGGAUCCGGAAGAUAUAUCGGUGACAGUUAAGGCAUUCAUGACAGCCGAUUUGCCAAAUGAAUUGAUUGAACUUCUUGAGAAAAUUGUUCUCGAUAGCAGUGUUUUCAGUGAUCAUCGUAAUUUACAAAAUCUCUUGAUAUUGACGGCAAUAAAAGCAGAUCGUACACGUGUUAUGGAAUACAUUAAUCGUUUAGAUAAUUACGAUGCACCGGAUAUUGCUAAUAUUGCUAUUAAUAAUGAACUUUAUGAGGAGGCUUUUGCUAUUUUCAAAAAAUUCGAUGUCAAUACGUCAGCUAUUCAAGUAUUGAUUGAUCAAGUCAAUAAUCUUGAUAGAGCAUAUGAAUUUGCAGAAAGGUGUAACGAACCGGCUGUUUGGUCUCAAUUGGCGAAGGCUCAAUUGAAUCAGGGUUUGGUUAAGGAAUCAAUUGACAGUUACAUCAAGGCUGAUGAUCCAACUGCUUAUGUUGAUGUUGUGGAAACAGCACAUAGAACAUCACACUGGGAGGACCUUGUGCGUUAUCUUCAGAUGGCACGCAAGAAAACAAGAGAAUCAUUCAUUGAAAGUGAAUUGAUUUAUGCUUACGCUCGCACCAAUCGACUUGCUGAUCUUGAAGAAUUUAUUUCUGGACCAAAUCAUGCUGACAUUCAAAAGAUCGGUGAUCGUUGCUUUGAUGAUAAAAUGUACGAACCAGCAAAGUUAUUGUACAACAAUGUGUCGAACUUUGCCCGUCUUGCAAUAACAUUGGUGCAUUUGAAAGAAUUUCAAGGCGCUGUUGACAGUGCAAGAAAAGCGAAUUCAACGCGCACUUGGAAGGAGGUUUGUUUUGCGUGCGUUGAUAGUGGUGAAUUUCGAUUGGCACAAAUGUGCGGCUUGCACAUUGUUGUUCAUGCCGAUGAACUUGAAGAUUUAAUAAAUUACUAUCAGGAUCGUGGACAUUUUGAGGAGUUGAUAAAUCUUUUGGAAGCCGCAUUGGGACUUGAAAGAGCACAUAUGGGAAUGUUUACGGAGCUUGCAAUUCUUUACAGUAAAUUUAAACCACAAAGAAUGAGGGAACAUCUUGAAUUAUUUUGGUCACGCGUUAAUAUACCAAAAGUAUUGCGCGCCGCUGAACAAGCACAUUUAUGGGCGGAACUUGUAUUUUUAUAUGAUAAAUACGAGGAAUAUGAUAAUGCAGUAUUGGCAAUGAUGCAACAUCCAACUGAGGCAUGGAGAGAGGGUCAUUUUAAGGAUGUUAUCACCAAAGUCGCCAAUGUUGAGCUUUAUUAUAAGGCUAUACAAUUUUAUGUGGAAUUUAAACCAUUAUUGUUGAAUGAUAUUUUACUUGUUCUUGCACCACGAAUGGAUCAUACAAGAUCAGUUGCUUAUUUUACGCGAAUGGAUCAUUUACAAUUGGUGAAACCAUAUUUGCGUUCGGUUCAAGCAUUAAACAAUAAAGCAAUUAAUGAGGCUUUAAAUGGUUUAUUGAUUGAUGAGGAGGAUUAUCAGGGUUUGAGAACGUCGAUAGACGCAUUUGAUAAUUUCGAUAAUAUUGCACUUGCUCAACAACUUGAGAAGCACGAGUUGAUUGAAUUUAGACGAAUUGCCGCCUAUUUGUAUAAGGGUAAUAACAGAUGGAAACAAUCGGUGGAAUUGUGUAAAAAAGACAGAUUAUUUAGGGAUGCGAUGGAAUAUGCGGCCGAAUCUCGUCAAGCUGAAGUCGCCGAGGAAUUGUUGGAGUGGUUCUUGGAGAGAGGAUCAAAAGAUUGCUUCGCGGCGUGCCUUUUCCAUUGUUAUGAUUUACUUCAUCCGGAUGUGAUUUUAGAACUUGCGUGGAGACACAAAAUUCUGCAUUUCGCAAUGCCUUACCUCAUUCAAGUUGCGCGAGAAUAUAUCUCGAAGGUUGAUAAAUUGGAAGAAGCUGAAAACCGACGUUUAGAAGAGACUGAUGAUCAUGAAGUUAAGCCUAUGAUUAUGCCCGAACCACAAUUGAUGUUAACGGCAGGACCGGGAAUGAUGGCACCAGGCUAUGCACCCGCAGGUGUAUAUGGAGCACCUGCCCAAGGGGUUUAUGCACCCGCAGCAGCAGCGUAUCAAGGUUACGGCAUGUGAGAACCAUUGUAUAACUCAUUUUCAAAUACCGAUCAACAUUUACUUUUCUAUAAGGCUUAGAUCAAGAGUACCGCCCCUAGAAUCUUAGACGUAAAUUAAAAAAAACAAAAAAAUAAACGCUGAAGAAAUGUCACUACACAGCAGACAUCGUUACGCUUAGACCAGUCUAUGCUAAUAAGAAAAAAAAAAUAAAAUAAAUCGAUAUAAGACGUCGUCUCGUCAUAUAUCAAAAAAAAAUAUUUAUUGCAAAUUUGUAGAUACAAGAAAAAGAAUUGAAUGUCGAUCAUCCAUGAUUGAAUGGCCCUGUAAAGAAUUUAAAAAAACGUAUUGUCGUAAAAAAAAAAUUCAAAUUAAUAAAUAAAUUAUUUUCCCUCUCGUGGAGAAAAAUAAAUUUUAAAAUUCGCGUUUGCAUUUAGUGUUGAGAUGAAAAAAAUAAUAAAUUUCAUCCGAAUGAUUAGAAUUAUUCUCGUGUUGUAUAAAAAAAAAAAAAAAAAAAAAUAUGAUUGUGUCAGGUGUGUGUAGUUUGCUUGUGGCAUGACUUCCGAAAUACUCUACGUCGUCCCUCUUCCAGAAAAAGCAAAAAUAAUAAAUAACCCAACAAAACAAAAUUUGUUUCACGUAAAGAGUAAUUUGAAUAUAAAUCUUGAUGUACACAAAACAAAUUUUCAUGCAACUCGUAACUUUUCAGGAGCUUGAUCGUUAAAAGAAAAAAAAAAUGAAAUUCACAUAAUGACACGAGUCAUUGAAUUAUAAAAAGUAUUUUCUUUUUUUAAAGGAAAAAAAAAAAUUCUUUAAAGGAAUUAAGUUUUAGAAUAUUUUGAACUUAUUUGUUAAACUGGCAGUUAACAUCACAAUCUAGCUGCUUGUCUAUCUGUUAUUUGUUCCGUCGUAUAUUUUGUUAUACUUGUCCAGACGUAUGUUAGAUAGAAUUUUCAUUUAAACUGCAAGAGAAAAAAAAAUAUAACUUUUGAAGUCUUUUGAUUUUGAGAUAACUUUUUUUUUUUAAUAUAGAAUUGUUACGUCUCUAAUUUAAUUAGAACACCCUUCCCCCCAGCGUGGCGUCUUUAAUCAGUGUAACUAAAAAUAGUUCGAGUAGUAUUUUCUCUUUUUUUUUAAAUAAAAAUAGAAAAAGAAUUUUUUAAAUAUUUUGUAAAUGCUUUGUUUUUGGUUUCUUUUUUUUUUAAAAAAAACUGUUUAGAUCGACUUUAAUAUAUAUUAAAUAUUGCCUUGAGAAAAAGAGAAAGAAAAGUCUUUUUUGACUAUCGUGUAGUAAACUUUAGUAAAAACAAAAA